AUGGAUCAUGUAAACCCAAAGCCUCGGCGCCGAGAUCCUCGCGCGCAAUCACCUGCUGAGUCGUCCUCUGACGAACUCGCAGCAGGCUCCGAUCACGAAGAAGCUGAGCGCCGCCGAGCCAGUUGGACCAUACAAAAGGCUUUUACCCCUCAACGCCCGCAGAAGACUGGACGCCUCUACAGCGAAUCUGAGAGUCCUGACGAGCUAGCUGUGGACGCUGGCGAAUACUGGCGCUCUUCACGCAUGCGCAAACGUCACCGAAUCCCUUCUCCGAUUACCCACACCAACAUGCGUGACGACCAUUCCCAAGGCGGAUCGGAUGAUCUUCCUGACAACAAAAUGCCUGCCUCAGACGUUGAGCAACCUCGCGGCGCCGAUGACUGGUCCAAUCGUUCUGGCACCUCAGCUCCUACUCCGGCGGCCGCUUCCAAUCCCGUAAAUGUGGACUACAGAGAGAAAUUUGUCAUGCACGGUCACCUACGCGGAGUCUCAGCUGUGCAAUUCUCGCCUGAUUGCUCCAUGAUCGCUAGUGCCGGUGCCGACGCAGCUGUCAGAAUCUGGGACACUGCGAGCGGUAGACUUAUUCAUGUAUUUGAAGGACAUCUAGCUGGUAUCUCUACCCUUGCCUGGGCCCCUGACGGUGAAUGGAUUGCCACCGGCUCCGACGACAAAACAAUUCGUCUGUGGAACGUGAACACUCUCAAAGCCCACACCAAGGUCUUUGAUGGCCAUCAAAACUACGUGUAUCAAAUCGCCUUCGCGCCGAAGGGUAACAUCCUUGUCAGCGGUUCUUACGAUGAAGCCGUGUUCAUGUGGGAUGUGCGUCGCGCCCAAGUCAUGCGCUCCCUUCCAGCCCACUCUGAUCCUGUCGCUGGUAUUGAUGUUGUACAUGAUGGAACCCUUAUCGUUUCAUGCGCCCUGGAUGGGCUUAUUCGUGUCUGGGACACCCACAGCGGCCAGUGUCUCCGCACCCUGGUCAUGGAGGACAACCCGCCUGCAACUUGCGUCAAGUUUGCCCCCAACGGCAAGUAUGUCUUGGCCUGGACCCUGGAUAACUGCGUUCGGAUGUGGCAUUAUGCUGAGAGCCGCGUCCUCAAAACAUUCCAAGGCCAUGUCAACACGAAAUACAGCUUGUCAGGAUGCUUCGGUACCUAUGGGCCCAAAAAUGUGAAUUUCAACCCGCCCCUAUGUUUCGUCGUCAGCGGCAGUGAGGAUGGUUAUAUCUUCCUCUGGGACCUUGUGAGCAAGCAAGUAUUGCAGCGCCUUGAUGGACAUUCAGGUGCUGUGCUUUGUGUCGACACUGGUAUCCUACACGGCAAGCGCAUGAUUGUGAGCUGCGGGGUAGACAAGACGGUUCGUUUGUGGGAAGAGGUAGGCGAAGACGAGGACGACGAGGAUACGUUCAGCGAUAGUGCCACCCCUACCCCAGAGACCCACUUGCAGUCUCACUCGCAAACCAACACCCCUGUGCACGAUGCAGAUGGCGAUAAUGCCAUGACUGAUGUGUCUGCUGUGCCUUCCACUGCCGCCACCCCGGCGGAAGAUACGAUGGCGGAGGAUGUGACGAUGGCAUGA